UUUCUAUUUUUCCUUCUCAAUUUUCCCGAGAAACCAGAACACCAUCAGAUCCACAAAUUGCAUUCAUCGCAAUUCUUCAAUCCCUUCGUUACUCUGUUUUUCAACCAAAUUCUCAUUUUUCAGAUUCUAAUAUGUGAAUUCCAACAGAUCAUGAUGGAAAGGGAUAACAAUGGUUAUUAUGAGAAUCAAUUGUUGUGUGAAAAUGGUCGAGAAUCAGUUACGAUGCAUUCUUCCAUGACUUCUUCUCCGCCUAAACUUGGAUAUAUUGAACAUCAUGUCUCCAAAUUCGAUACCUUGGUUGGCAUUGCAAUCAAAUAUGGUGUUGAGGUUACUGACAUCAAAAGAAUGAAUAGCCUUGUUACAGACCAUCAGAUAUUUGCGCUUAAAACAGUUCAAAUUCCAUUACCCGGAAGACACCCUCCGUCUCCUUGUUUAUCAAAUGGUUCCAGUACUCCUGGACAUGGCAACUCUUCUAACAGCCCACCUAUUAAUGCGCCACGCGAAUUGCUGGAAUCGUUCCAGUCCGUAAGAUUUAAGAGUCCUGACCGGAAGGUCUCUCCUGCUAUGAGCUCAUUACAGGGUUAUUAUGGACUUCAAGUUCUCCCUAUCUCCUCAGAAAACGGUUCAUCAUCCAAGAACAUGCCUAUGUCUGACCGACCCUUGAGUCGUCACCGAAAAUCCAAAAGUUUAGUCAAUGUCAUUUUGGAAGAAAUUAUGGAAAAGGAUGGUACAGCACCAGCUGGAGAAACCUGGGAACUUAACUCUGAUAAAUGGAAUGACAAAUUUUCCCAGAGACGUCAGAAAUCUGUAGCUGACUUUACCAGGAUACCUGAGUUGAUUCUGAGGGAGGAUAUUGGCAGCAAUGGCGGUCUUCCUUCAAGAACAGGAAAGGGUUUAGCUCUGAGACAGAAAGCAGCCAGCCGAACUGCAGUGACAAAUGAUUCUGAAUCAAAUGGUUUUACUCCUGUGCCAAUGGUUACGGGGGAUGGUUUUCAAACCGAUAGUUCAUAUGGUGUUAGGAAAUCGUCCAGUACAUCUUGUUUGCAAGAGCAGGAUAACUGCAGCUCCUCAUCCAUUUGGCCAUCCUCAAUGUGGAAUUUGAAACCCGAUUUACAGGCCCUUUCUACUGCAGCUAUUGGAAAACCGAUCUUUGAUGGUUUGCCAAAGCCAUUAACUGGGCGAAGGAAUAAAGCUGCACUUGAUUAAUAUAUCUUAAUUUAUCACAACAGUUUUGAUCCUUUGUGAGUAAUGGAAUCAUUAGCUGCCACACUAAUGGGUAGGUUGGAGAAGUAAAACAAUGUAGCAGGGUCUUGAACAUCAUCAUUCAACAUUUUUUUGUAUGAACAUAGUGAAACUUUUAGGAAACAGAUUAUCUGUGGUUUAGCAAUCAUUGUGACAGGCAAACUUUUGUAUGAACAUUAUUUUGUUGUGUUCAUUGAACUGCCUAAGCUUUUACAUGGUUGUAUAUAAAUCAGCAAUGUGUUUAAUAAUAUGCAUCGGAACAUUAUUUUUGA